AUGCCUGAUAUUAGGUCAUUCUUUGGGCCUAAGGGAGGCGGGCCUCCGAGGCCACCGCCGAAGAAGGUCGAGGAGCCCCCGAAGGCACGAAGGAACAGGAAGGUCAUCGAGGACAGCGACGACGAUGCCGAGCCUACACCUGCGCCAAAGCCGGCUGCGAAAGCUGCUGUCAAGAAGAAGUCCAACAGAGACGAGGCUCCGAAGGGAACUGAGACCACGGCCAGCGAUUACUUCGCGUCAUCCAAAUCUUCGAAGGCGGCUAAGCCUGUACCCGCCGCAAAGCCAGACCAAGCAACCAAAGUGAAGACCGAAGUAGAGAUCAGGACCAGCCCGCGCACCAAGAAGACUACUGCCAAACCUGUACAAGAAUCGCCCAAGAAGCGGGCCGCUAGGACAUACACAAAAAUCGACUCCGACGACGAUGCUGAUGCCUACAAGGACGAAGACGACGAGGAUGACGAUGACAUCUUUGCUGCCGAUGUAAAGGGUCGCAACAAGCGAAAGACUGACGACUAUGCGGAGGACGAUAGCGAUGAGGACAUUAAACCGAAAGCGAAGCGUGUAGCCUCUCGAAGUGCCCCCAAUGGUACUCCAAGCAAGACUACGAAGGCAGCAGCUGGUACAAAGAGGCGCAAAACUCCUGACGAGGACGAGGAGGAAGAGGAGGAAGAGCAGCCGCCAAAGAAGAAGGCCCCCGUUAAGCCACGCGCUCCCAGGGCUAAGAAGGCCGACGAACCCGAAGACUUGGCUUACCAGUCGAUCCUUGACAAUAUUCCCACCGUCCGCCCUCCGACACCUCCUGCCCAGGACCCGAAUGCACCCAAGUUUGACUGGAGGAAGAAUGCUGGUGGAGGGGGAAACAGCGCGGCUGUCCCUGCUAAUGCAGGUGCUGCGAAACUGCCCGAAGGCGAGGAUGAAUGUCUCUAUGGACUGACAUUUGUCUUCACUGGUGUUCUUCAGACAAUUGGCCGCGAGGAAGGCCAGGCCUUGGUCAAAAAGUACGGAGGAAAAAUCACUGGAGCACCAAGCAGCAAGACGAGCUAUGUUGUUCUGGGAGACGACGCGGGACCCAGCAAGCUGAAGAAAAUCAGAGACAUGAACAUCAAAACCAUCAACGAGGAGGGUCUCUUCGAACUCAUCAGGAAACUGCCUGCCUAUGGCGGCUCCGGCAAGGGUGCGGAGAAGGCGCGCGAAAAGAAGAAGAAGGAUGAAGAGGCUAUCAAGAUCCAGGCAUUGGAGAUGGAGAGAGAGGAGAAGGCCCGGAAGGCUGCAGCAGAGAAAGCAGCCAAGCAAGCAGCAGCCGCUCGCGGGACCACAGCCGCCCCUACCCCGACAGCAGCUCCCGUACAGCUGUGGACAUCAAAGUAUGCCCCGACGGCACUCAAUCACAUCUGCGGCAACAAGGCACAGGUCGAAAAGAUCCAGGCUUGGUUGAGGAACUGGCAAAAGGCACGCAAGUACGACUUUCAGAGACGUGGUGCAGACGGUAUGGGUGGCACGCGAGCUAUCAUUAUCUCUGGUCCGCCAGGCAUCGGCAAGACGACUGCGGCGCACUUGGCUGCCAAACUCGAGGGCUUCGAUGUCAUUGAGAGCAACGCCAGUGACACUCGCAGCAAGAAAUUGGUCGAGAAUGGUGUCGCUGAUAUCAUGAACAACACAUCGCUUCUCGGCUACUUUGCCGGAGAUGGCAAGAAGGUCGACGGAGAAAAGAAGAACAUUGUCUUGAUUAUGGACGAAGUUGACGGAAUGUCCGCAGGUGAUCGUGGUGGUGUCGGAGCCCUGGCCAAGUUCUGCAAGAAGACUGAGAUUCCCCUCAUUCUCAUUUGCAACGAGCGGAAAUUACCAAAGAUGAAGCCGUUCGACUUCGUCGCCAUGGACGUUCCCUUCAGGCGCCCGACGGUUGAGCAGGUCCGGUCACGUAUUAUGACAAUCUGCCAUCGCGAAGGGCUCAAGCUUCCUGUGCCUGUCGUCGAUGCCCUCAUCGAAGGCAGCAACAAGGAUAUUCGGCAAAUCAUCAACAUGAUCUCCACCGCCAAACUCGAUCAAGCAUCAAUGAGCUAUGACAAGGGCAAGGCAAUGACCAAGGCAUGGGAGAAACACGUCGUUCUCAAGCCUUGGGAUAUUUGCCAGAAGAUGCUAGCUGGUGGGCUGUUCGCUCCUGCCAGUAAAACCACCUUGAACGAAAAGAUCGAGCUCUACUUCAACGACCACGAAUUCAGCUACCUGAUGAUCCAGGAGAACUAUCUGCGCUCAAAGCCCAUGUCAUUGAAUAACAGAGGUUACAACAAGAGGGAGGAGAACUUGAAAUACCUCGAAUUGGUGGAUCAGGCGGCGGAAAGCAUCAGCGAUGGUGACCUGGUUGAUCGAAUGAUUCACGGACCUCAACAGCAAUGGAGUCUUAUGCCUACUCACGCAGUUUUCAGCACAGUUCGGCCAUCGAGCUUCGUUGCUGGCCAGCUCAUGGGCUCCAACUUCACUUCUUGGCUUGGCAAUAACAGCAAGACGGGCAAACUCGGUCGUUUUGUCCGCGAGCUGCACUCGCACAUGCGGCUGAGAUCCUCUGGCGACGCUAAUGAGGUUCGCCAGCAAUAUCUGCCUGUCUUGUGGGAUCAGAUGAUCCGUCGGUUGUCCGUCGAAGGCAAGGAAUCUGUCGACGAGAUUAUCGAGCUGAUGGACAGCUACUACUUGACACGAGACGAUUUUGACGCGAUUCAGGAGCUCGGUGUUGGUCCGCAAGCUGAAGGCCGGGCUGAUAUCGAAUCCAAGACAAAGGCAGCAUUCACGCGAACCUACAACGCAAUGUCUCAUCCUAUCCCUUUCUUGAAGGCCAGCAAUAUCAUGGAGCCCAAGAAGGUUGCGAAGGAGGCUCCGGACCUUGAGGAAGCUAUCGAGGAGGACGAUGAUGCCGAUGUUGCGGAACCUGCUGAUGCGGACGAGGAGGACGAGGACAAGAUUGACUUGAAGAAGGACAAGUUGAUCAAAGCGCCCAAACGGAAGGCUAAGACAGCGACGAAGAAGGCUAAAGCAGCCGAUGAGGAUGACGACGAAGAGGCAGACGCCAAGCCGAAGAAGGGUAGGCCCAAGGCCAAGGCAACGACUGCCAAGGGGAAGAGCAAGAAGUAA